ACCGGUACCUCACCUUAUCUUCCACCACCUUCAAAUCCCAUCUUUUCAUCUGUAAGUUCUUCUCUUUCUCUCUCACCAUUUCACAUUUCUCCAACUGGGUUCACCUCAAAAUCUCAUCUUUCUUCUUCUAAACUAUUAUCAAUGGCUAUUUGAGUAAAAUUACAGAAUCCCAUUUCUAGUAGUUCACCCCAAAACUUGAUUUUUCUUGUAUCCAUAAGUUUCAAUCUCAUUUCCCUUUUCAAAAUAUAAAUAUUAUCUCUUAGCUCAAGUUUGCAUUUUGUGUGUAAAAGUGUAACUAAAAAAAAAAACCAAGUAAUCAAUGAGUAUAGAUUUCAAGAAUGAGAUUUUCGAUUUUUCGAUCUGUUUCCAUUUGUGGAUGCUUGGAGUACAGACACUUUAUCAAAAUGCAGAAGAAUCAUGAUAUAUCUAUGCCUUGGAACAAGUCUUCAUCAAUUUCCCAUAUUGAUUCCUUACCUAAACUUAACUCAUUAGGAGCAUUGCACAUUAAUGGCACUGAUUUCGGUAAGUGGCCUCAUCAGUCAUUGGUUGGCAUAAACUCUUCUGCAAACCAAAGUUUGCUUGAAGAAGUUCUAGCAAUUAAUUGGAAUGAUUCUUUCAAAAGUCUUAGUAGUAAAGAGAUUAAGGAAAGGAAAAGGCGAGAAAAGAUCGGAUUAGCAAACAAAGGGAAAGUGCCUUGGAACAAAGGGAGGAAACAUAGUGAAGAGACUCGUGCUCGAAUCAAGCAAAGAACUAUAGAAGCCUUGAAUAAUCCAAAGGUCCGGAAAAAGAUGGCCGAACAUCCCCGUGCUCAUAGUGAUCAGGUCAAGGCUAAGAUAGGAUCUUCGCUUAGACGAGUUUGGUCAAAGCGUUUGAAAUGGAAACGAUCAAGAGAUAAUUUUUUUCAUUCUUGGGCGAAAAGCAUAGCCGAGGCAGCUAAAAUCGGAGGACAUGGAGAAGAAGAGUUAGAUUGGGAAAGCUACAACAAAAUAAAACAAGAAAUAGUUGAUAAACAAUUUCGUUUGGCCGAAGAAAAGAUUAAGGCGAAGGAGUUGGCAAAGAUGGAGAAAGCAUCACAAGUGAUGGCGAAAAGGAUGGAAAAGCUUGCUCGGAUGAGAGAAUUGCGCGAAGAGAGGAUUAAAGAGAAGAAAGAACAAGAAAAGGUAAAAAGAAAACUAAACCAAGCCAAAAGAGAUUCAACAAAAAAGUUGAAACUUCAACAGAAAUUAAGCCAGAUUCGCCAGAAGAUUCCACUUAACGGUCAAGUCUCUAAUCGAAGAGACGGAGGAGCUACUUUGAACAUUCCAGCAUGGGAGAAAUUGGAUUUAAAACUCUUAAAGAGUGAAGUUUUGCAAAAAGAAGUUUCUUUCGCCGAACAGUUAAAAGCCGCGAAGAACAAAAAAGUGGAAUUUUCAACUACAGAAUCUCUCUAUUAGAAUGCUCAUUCAUUCUUCCAUGGUUCCAACAACUUAUAUCAUCAUUGGCUUGUUUCUAACUAACUCGAAUCGGUCUUCUAAUCGCCCUUUGCAGCAUACUAUCAUUCUUUAAAGUUAAAGAUUAGAAUCGGUUUGAGUUGCUAUUGCUAUCGCUGCUGCUGCUGCUGCUGCUUCAAGACAUCAUAGCUCACCAGAGAUGAGAUUUCGGUUAGAGUCAAAGUUCACUUCUUGUAAAUUUUUUGUGUCGGGCAUUCGCUUUCGAGUGACAUGAAUGAAAAGAGUUAGACUUGGAAAGUUCUGUUUGGUUGAUGAGAAAAUGUGUUGGCCUUGAGUUUGAUUAUAGAUAGCUUAUGUAUUAUGCAAUGAGUUUGGCCUUGAGUUUGAAUGGUCUUUUUAUGUUUCAUUUUUCUUUUGAAGCCUAAAAAAAAUGGCAAGAGAAAAAUUGAGGGCAAAUAAUUUUUUUUUUUUCUUCUUUUAAUUAAAAAUUUCAUUUUGGAUACCUUUCAAGAUUCAAUAAUCUCACUUGUAGCUUUUAUUUACUUAUGAUAAUUACUUCUAUUUUAAAGAAUAAUGAUAUGUGAACAAUACUAUUUAUUUGUUAGAA